AUGGCGGAGCGUUACCUCAUCACCAAGGUGGCGACGGUGGAGGGGGCGGCAGUUCCGGAGCUGGUGAAGCUGAAGGUCGCCCGCGACGAGAAGCUGGCGGAGGAGAAGAAGGCAGCCAUUGCUGCGAAGCAGAAGACCAAGGAGGAGGAGAGGGCAAAGCUCAAGGAGCGCACAGCUGCCUAUGAGAAGGAGUAUGCAGAGGCUUCAAAGGAGCUUGUGAAGCUCCGAAGGGAGGCAAAGGUGAACGGCAACUUCUUCGUUGAGCCAGAGGCAAAGCUGCUGUUUGUCGUUCGUAUUGCGGGCAUCAUCAAGAUGAGCCCCAAGCCAAGGAAAGUGCUGCAGCUGCUGCGCUUGAAGCAGCUGCACAAUGGCGUUUUCCUCAAGGUGAACAAGCCCAUCCUGAACAUGCUGAAGCUUGUGCAGCCGUAUGUGACCUACGGCUACCCGUCCCUGAAGACCGUCAGAGAGCUGGUCUACAAGAGGGGCUUUGGCAAGGUCAACAAGCAGCGCAUCCCCCUGUCAUCCAACGACAUCAUCUCGGAGAGCUUGGGCAAGUUCGGCAUCCAUGGCAUGGAGGACAUCAUCCACGAGAUCUACACCGUGGGCCCCAACUUCAAGCAGGUGUCUAACUUCCUGUGGCCCUUCAAGCUGUCCUCCCCCAAGGGCGGCUUCAUCAACAAGCGCCACGGCUUCUGCGAGGGCCGUGGCGGUGAUUGGGGCAACCGCGAGGAGUUGAUCAACGACCUCUUGAGGCGCAUGAACUGA